GCGAUGAGGAGCUGAUCCCCGAGCGCGAGAGUCCCGCCCGUGCCACCGAGACGCUCCCGGGAUCCGGCGCCGCCGCUCUACUCAGGGAUCUCAAAACUGGUGCUUUGCAAAACUAGCCAGCCCACCAACCAAAGAAAAUGUGGAAACAUCGACAUUUACCCUUUGCAGCAAUCUUUUGCCUUUUACUCUCAGGCUGUUGGGACAUCGCUGACGCCCAGACCAAACUUGAUGUCAAAAACGGUGCCGCUGCUGAUAUAAUAUUUCUAGUGGAUUCCUCUUGGAGCAUUGGAAAGGAACAUUUCCAACUUGUUCGGGAGUUUCUGUAUGAUGUUGUAAAGCAAUUAGAUGUGGGUGGAAAUGAUUUUCGGUUUGGUCUGGUCCAGUUCAGCGGAUACCCACAUACCGAGUUCCAGUUAAACACGUAUGACAGUAUGCAAGAUAUCCUCUCCCAUAUCUCGCACAUGACCUAUAUAGGGGGAGGAACCAAGACUGGAGAAGGAUUAGAGUUCCUAAUUCAGAACCACCUCACUAAAGUUGCUGGGAGCAGAGCGAGUGACGGAGUCCCCCAGAUUAUUAUAGUCUUAACGGACGGACGAUCCCAGGAUGACGUGGUCCUGCCAUCCUCUGUUCUUAAAUAUGCCGAUGUCAACAUGUUUGCCAUUGGAGUUCAGGAUGCAGUGGAAGGGGAAUUAAAGGAAAUAGCGAGCGAACCCCUCGAUACGCACCUGUUCAACCUAGAGAAUUUUGCUGCCCUGCACGGCAUUAUAGGAGACUUAGUGGCCAGUGUUCAUUCAUCUGUGACUCCAGAAAUGGCUGGAGCCAACGCAGUGAUUAAAGACAUCACAGCACAAGAAUCCGCUGACAUUAUUUUCCUUAUUGAUGGAUCAAACAACGUCGGCGCUGUCACUUUUGCAGCCUUUCGUGAUUUUCUUGCAAAUUUUCUUGAAAGACUCCCAGUUGGAGAUGAGCAGAUACACAUUGGGGUGGUGACGUAUAGCGAUCGACCCAGAACUGUGUUCUCCUUGGACGACCACACCAACAAAGCCGAUGUUCUAGAUGCCAUGAAAGCCCUUAGCUUCCUCGGUGGCGAGGAAGCUAACAUGGGGGAAGCCCUUGAGUACGUGGUCCAAACCCACUUCACUAAGUCAGGAGGCAGCAGGGUAGAGGAAGGGGUACCGCAGGUUUUAGUGUUGAUAAGUGGCAGCGAGUCUAGCGAUGACAUUAGAGAGGGAGUCUUAGCCAUCAAAAGAGCGAGUGUAUUCACAUUUUGCAUUGGGGUCCAAAAUGCUGACCAAGUAGAGCUUCAGCACAUUGCUACUGAUGGAAGCUUCGUAUUCAUUGCCUUGGACACACGUAACCUUGACGAACUUCAAGAACUCUUACUACCAAACAUUGCGGGAGUGGCCCAAAGGCUCAUUUUGUUAGAUGCCCCAACCGUUCUUACAGAAGUUACUGAAGCCAAUCAGAAGGACAUAGUCUUCCUGAUAGAUGGCACAACAAUACAGGGCAAUGCCCCUUUUAAUGGAAUUCGUGAGUUCCUUUCCAAAGUCAUCAACAGACUGGAAGUUGGAGCGGAUAAGAUCCAAGUCUCAGUGGCACAAUAUUCAGAUACCGUAAGAACAGACAUCUCUUUCAGCACUCCCCAGGACAAAAAUGCCAUCGUUAGCAGCAUCAGGAAACUAAAACCACUUGGCGGUAGUGUGCACAAUACAGGCUCUGCACUGAGGUAUGUUAAAGACAACUUAUUCACCAGCGCCGCAGGAUGCAGGAUCGAUGAAGGUGUCCUACCCCUCCUGGUCCUUGUUACUGGUGGUAAAUCCAGAGAUGAUGUCGCCCUACCAGCACAAGAAUUGAAAGGUAGAGGCAUAUUGGCCAUUGCUGUGGGAGCUGUGAAUGCAGAUCGUGCCGAACUGGAACAAGUUGCCUUCAGUCCAACCCUGGUAUUCACUACCAGUGAUUUCCGCCCAGCUACCAUGCUGCCUCGUAUCCCUGACAUCCUGACUAAUAUACGGACACUGUCUGGAACUGUUGUGGAAACGACAACAACAGAAGUUCUGGCAAACAAAAGGGAUAUCAUCUUUCUUUUGGAUGGAUCAGCCAACGUUGGAAAUGCCAACUUCCCAUUUGUCCGCGACCUCGUUGUGAGCCUAGUUAGGUUCCUUGAGGUCGGAAUUGACGAUGUACGAGUCGGCCUACAAGACAUGAUUAGGCCGCUAAUGACAUACGUUAGUGGUGACGUGGAAGAAGUCACCAUCCCGUCUGCAGAAAGCAAGAAAGAUAUCUUAUUCUUGACCGAUGGCUCAGCAUACCUUGGAGGUCAGUUUCCUGCCGUUCGAGAAUUUCUGCUCCGUGUUAUUUCUGACCUGGACGUGAAGCCAGAAGGCACCCGUGUGGCUGUGGCACAAUUCAGUGACAACGCACAACUCGAGUUCAACUUUGAAGAGAUCCCGUCUAAGGAAAACAUCCUUCAGAAAGUGAGAAAAAUGAGGGUAAAGUCAGGGCGACUCCUCAACAUCGGUGCUGCGUUAGAAUACGCCCUGAGGGACAUCUUCGUGAGGAACGCUGGGAGCAGGAUUGAGGAAGGAGUGCCACAAUUCCUUGUUCUCCUGGCUGCCGGAAGGUCAAGCGACAAUGUGGAAUCGGCAGCCAACGCCCUGAAACGAGCGAACGUCGUCCCUUUCGUCAUCAGAGCCAGGAGUGCAGAUGCUGCUGAAUUAGAAAAGAUCGUUUAUGACCCUAAUUUCAUCCUACAAGCCGAUGACCUGGUUAGAAUUGGGGACAUUCGGCCUAAAAUAGUCAACCUACUGAAAACCGUUGAACUCGCACCAAGAGUGGUUGAAGUUCAGAAGAAGGAUGUUGUGUUUCUGCUGGACGGUUCGGAUGGCAUCAGACGUAGUUUCCCUUCACUGGUGUCCUUUGUGGAAAACAUCGUUCGAAGCCUGGACGUAGGCCCUGAUGACAUUCGGGUUGCUGUAGCCCAAUAUAGCAAUGUUCCCAAAGUGGAGUUCCUCCUGAAUGUCCACCCAGACAAGACCGCUGUGAUCAAUGCAGUCCGGCGCUUGUCUCCCAUGGGGGGCUCACCGCUCAACACGGGGGCUGCCCUUAAUUAUCUUGUACGCAACGUGUUCACCAGCCAGAGUGGGAGCAGGGUGGCCGAAGGCGUCCCUCAGUUCUUGAUCCUGGUGACCGCAGACAAGUCCAGAGAUGACGUCACGAGGCCCGCCGCGGCUCUGAAGGGCACUGGAGCUGUGCCCUUUGGCAUUGUGGAUGGGAAAAGAGACAUCGUAUUCCUUAUUGAUGGCUCCCAGUUUGCAGCCCCCGACUUUUCCUCCGUCCGUGAAUUUAUUGAGAGGCUUGUAAACAACCUGAAUGUGGAUGCUGAUGCCACUCGGGUCGCUGUGAUUCAGUUCAGCGAGGAUCCCAGAGUUGAGUUUCUGCUGAACGCGUACUCCACCAAAGACGAGGUGCAGAACGCAGUGCGGGGGCUCAGACCCAAAGGAGGGAGACGUGUGAACGUUGGCUCUGCCCUAGAGUAUGUGUCAAAAAAUAUAUUUACAAGGCCUUCGGGAAGCCGUAUAGAAGAAGGGGCGCCACAGUUUUUAAUCCUCCUCUUUUCUCGCCCGUCUGAUGACGAGGUGGAGGACCCUGCCAUCGAAGUCAAACAAAUUGGGGUGGCGCCGCUGGCUGUUGCGAGAAAUGUGGAUACCGAGGAACUGGUGAAAAUAGCUCUUAGUCCUGAAUACGUCUUCCAAGUGUCAACUUACCGGGAUCUACCUAGUUUGGAACAGAGAUUGCUGACCCCUGUUACGACACUCACUACGCAGCAGAUACAGAGACUCAUAGGCGAUACACGUCCUCCUCCAGAUAUUGACCGUGACGCAAAGGACCUUGUCUUCCUGAUUGACAGCUCUAGUGGUGUCGGGGCAGAUGGCGUUGCUCACAUUCGAGAUUUCAUUCUGCGGUUUGUCCAGCAGUUGGAUGUGGGAGAAAACAAAGUGAGAAUUGGUUUGGUCCAGUUCAGCAACGAUGUAUUCCCUGAGUACUUUUUAAGAGACUCCAAGUCCAAAAGUCUCGCGCUUAAUGCUGUACGGCGCUUGCGAUUCAGAGGAGGAGCCCCCCUGAAUGUUGGGAAGGCGCUGGACUACGUUGUGAAGAAUUUCUUUGUGAAGUCUGCGGGAAGCAGGCGAGAAGAUGGCGUCCCUCAGCAUUUAGUUCUCCUUCUUGGAGGGAGAUCCCAGGAUGACGUCAGCAGACCGUCCAGUGUGAUGCAGGGGUUUGGAAUAAAAAGCCUGGGUGUGGGAGCAAGAAAUGCAGAUAGCGCCGAACUGCAAAGGAUUACCGGUGCUCCCAGAACUGCAUUUAUUGUCAGAGAGUUUACAGACCUCCCAACAAUAGAGAGAAAGAUCUUUGCAUCGUUUCAGCAACUUCCAGAACCACCAACAGAACCUGAAGUUCCAACUGGCCCUGCAGGUAAAAAACAAGCGGACGUCGUGUUUCUGCUGGAUAGCUCCAUUAACUUCGGAAGGGACAAUUUCCAACAAGUCACGGACUUUGUAGCGGGCAUAGUUGAUGCCAUUUAUGAAGACAGGGAUUCCAUCCAAGUCGGCUUAGUCCAGUACAACUCAGACGUGAGCGACGAAUUCUUCCUGAAGGACUUCCCCAACAAACAGCAGAUCAUAGACGCGAUUGAAAAAGUAGCCUACAAGGGCGGCAGGGUCUCCAACGCUGGAGCCGCCAUCAGGCAUGUCCAAGCAAAGCACUUUGUGAAGGAGGCCGGCAGCCGGGCUGAGCAGAAGGUCCCUCAGAUUGCUUUCAUUGUGACCGGUGGCCGACCGGAUGACGAUGCGUAUGCGGCUGCCUCGGCGCUGGCACGGACGGGAACAAAGGUGUUUGCAGUCGGGGUGAAGAACAUUGACCUGGGGGAAGUCGCCCAGCUCUCCAGCGACGGCACCACGGCGUUCCGGUCUGCGACGACUGCUGCCAUGUCCGACUUGAAUGAGGCCGUCUUGGUCACGAUGGCCGAUGUCAUGAAACAGCAGCUGUGUCAAGUAGGGGGGGAAGUCUCAAGAGACUGCUAUCUGGACAUUAUACUUGGAUUUGAUGUCUCCGAUGUUGGGCCGCAGCAGAGUAUAUUCACUGCGCAGAGGGUGCUUGAGACAAAGGUGGAGGACAUUCUAAACAGGAUUACUCAGAUACAGAGGAUUAGCUGCACUCCCAACCAGACCCCUUCGGUGCGCGUGGCUCUUCUGGCCCAGACUCCCUCUGGAGUAGUGGAGGCAUUUGACUUUUCCGAGUAUCAGCCAGAGUUGUUUGAAAAGUUCCAGGCCAUGCACAACCGUGGUCCGUUUGUUCUAAAUGCUGAGACUCUCAAAUCUUAUCAGAAUAAAUUUGCGACAUCUCCCACUGGAAACGUGAAGGUGGUGAUACACUUGACUGACGGCAUUGAUGGCUCCAGGGAACAGUUAAAGGCUGCGACUGCUGAUCUGAAGAGAGAAGGGGUCAAGGCUUUCAUUCUUGUUGGGCUGGAACGAGUAUCAGACUUUGAGGAUGUGAUGCAGCUGGAGUUUGGACGCGGUUUCACUUACAAUCGGCCUCUCCGGGUUAAUCUGCAGGAUCUAGAUUUCGAGCUGGCAGAGCAACUGGACAAUGUUGCAGAAAGAGCGUGCUGUGGGGUUGCAUGCAAAUGUUCUGGACAGCGUGGGGACAGGGGAUUGCCGGGUACAGCUGGACCAAAGGGAGCCCCAGGAGAAGAUGGGUACAGAGGCUAUCCAGGAGAUGAAGGAGGACCGGGAGACCGCGGACCUCUGGGGAUCAACGGGACCCAGGGAUUUCAAGGUUGUCCUGGCGAAAGAGGAGCGAAGGGCAAUCGUGGAUUCCCAGGAGAAAAGGGUGAACUGGGAGAGAUCGGUCUGGAUGGAAUUGAUGGGGAAGAAGGAGACAGAGGCCAUCCAGGUUCUCCUGGGGAGAGGGGAAGCCCUGGCAGAAGAGGCGACAAAGGAGGCAAAGGAGAACAAGGAGAACGAGGAGACCGUGGACUGCGAGGAAACUCGGGCGCGCCAGGAGCAGAUAGCACUCAAAGAGGAUCCAGAGGCCAGAAGGGUGAACUUGGACCAAUGGGAGAUCCUGGAGCGGAUGGACCACCAGGUGCCUCAGGAGGACCUGGAAGAAAUGGAGGACAGGGCAGAAGAGGACCCCCUGGCAUCAAAGGAAACAGAGGGCUUCCAGGUCCAGCAGGGUCUGUGGGAGAACAGGGUACCAGAGGGCCACAGGGACCACCUGGCCAGGCCGGAACUCCAGGUCUUCGAGGAGAGCAAGGCAUACCUGGGCCGAGGGGUGGAGGAGGUCCACCUGGGGCUGGAGGAGAACGCGGCAGGCUUGGUCCACUUGGUAGAAAGGGUGAGCCUGGUGACCCUGGUCCGAAGGGGCCCGCUGGUCCUGUUGGGCCACGAGGAGAGACGGGAGACGAUGGACGUGACGGUGUAGGCCGGGCAGGAACUAAAGGCAGACGGGGAGAACCAGGGUUUCCAGGAUACCCGGGGCCAAAGGGGGCGCCUGGAGACCGAGGUGGUAUUGGCGAUUCUGGCCCCAAAGGAAACAGAGGCUACAGGGGAACCCCAGGAGAGCCUGGCAUACGAGGUCAAAAAGGAGAAAGAGGAUAUGGAGGACCAGCUGGACAUAAGGGAGACAGAGGAGAAUCAAGAGACCAAUGUGCCCUUGUGCGCAACAUCAAAGAUAAAUGCCCUUGCUGCUAUGGCCCGAAGGAAUGCCCGAUUUAUCCAACAGAAUUGGCCUUUGCUAUAGAUACUUCUUCUGGCGUAACUGCGGACAUUUUCAACAGAAUGAGGCAAGCAGUUCUGGCGAUCGUUAAUGACCUCACCAUUGCCGAGAGCAACUGCCCUCGCGGUGCCCGUGUUGCUUUGGUUACGUAUAACAAUGAGGUCACCACAGAGAUGCGUUUUGCUGACUCCCGCAAGAAGGCCCGUCUCCUGAACCAGAUCGAGGCCCUCCGAGCCAUACAGACAACCAAGCAGCGAAGCCUGGAGACGGCCAUGUCCUUCGUCGCCAGGAAUACUUUCAAACGGGCACGCAGUGGCUUCCUCAUGAGGAAGGUGGCGGUCUUCUUCAGCAAUGGACCCACAAGACGAUCUCCGCAACUCAAUGAGGCCAUGCUGAAGCUCUACGACGCGGGGGUCGUGCCUGUCUUCCUCACGAGCAGAGAUGACCCGAUCCUUCGGAGUGCGCUGCAGUCCAACAACUCUAUAGGAGGCCAGGUGAUCACGUUUUCUGGAGGUCCAGCUCAAGUGAACCAAACUAUUAGGAGUGUAAUAACCUGCCAUAUUUGCCUGGAUGUAUGCGAUCCUGACCCCAGCUGCGGCGCAGCAAGGCCUGCCUUUGGCAGAGACAGGCGAGCAGCUGUGACGGAUGUUGACAUCGACAUGGCUUUCAUCCUGGACAGUUCGGAGAGCACCACUCCUCUGCAGUUCAGAGAGAUGAAGAAGUACAUCGCCUACGUAGUCAGCCAACUGGAGACGAGCUCCGACCCGAAGGCAUCCCUGCACCACGCCCGGGUCGCCGUCGUCCAGCACGCUCCAUAUGAAUACGCGUCCAAUUCAAGCGCAUCCCCUGUCAGAGUCGAGGUGUCCCUGACAGAUUACAGCUCCAAAGACAAGCUGAUGGAUUUCAUUGGGAACCAGAUGGUGCAACUGCAGGGCACCAGGGCUGUGGCGAGCGCCAUUGAACACACCAUAAGGCUCAUUUUUGAGCAGGCGCCUAAUCCCCGGGACCUCAAAGUCAUUGUGUUGAUGAUAACAGGAGAGGUGAACGGCCAGGAGCUGGAGCGUCUUCAGAAAGUGGUAGUGGAAGCUAAAUGCAAAGGGUACUUCUUUGUCAUCCUCAGCACUGGCAGGCAGGUGAACAUCCGGAGCAUCUACAGCUUGGCCAGCGAGCCCAACGACGUCUUCUUCAAAUACGCAGACAAGCCAUCAGAGUUUCACGAAGAGCCUCUGCUGCGCUUUGGAAAUCUCUUGCCAUCUUUCAUCAGCAGUGAAAAUGCCUUCUACCUGUCUCCAGAUGUCAGGAAACAAUGCGAUUGGUUCCAGGGUGACCAGCCCGUUAAAAGAAUUGCCCAGAGACCUGUAAACAUUCCAAACAAUGUUACUGCUGCACCAGCUACAACAAAACCAACAACAAAAUCAACCACAACAAAAGCUACAACAACAAAACCAACCACAACAAAAGCUACAACAACAAAACCAACAACAACAGAAGCUACGGCAACAAAACCAACAAUAGAAAAACUGGAAGUGGUGAAGCACGUGGGUGAAGUCCAGGUCACGGAUAUCACUGAAAACAGCGCUAAGCUGCGCUGGGUGGACCCCGAGCCUCAACACGCCGCUGUCUAUGAUAUCACCAUCACCUUGGCACAUGAUGACUCUUUAGUCCUGAAGCUCAACUUAACCGGCACUGAACGAGUCAUUGGUGGCCUUGGGAGUGGACAGAAGUACCACGUCCUGGUCACGGGCUACCUCAAUGCACAGGCCAGAUCAACCUACAAAGGAACAUUUAGCACAAAGGCCAUGCCCUUGCCCAAGUUGCCUUCACCCGCAGUAGCCCAUCUGAUGGUGAACACUGAGCCACUGGAAGAACCAAUAACAGUUGAAAGUAUUUGCAACUUGAAAAAAGAAGAAGGGACCUGCAGGAAUUUUAUCCUAAAAUGGUAUUAUGACACAGUGACGAAAAGUUGUGCUAGAUUCUGGUACGGUGGCUGUGGUGGAAAUGACAACAGAUUUAAUACACAGAAUGAAUGUGAAAUCACCUGCUUUUCAGCUCGUGUCAAUUCUGGUGUCAUGACAAUAGGAACUUAAACGGAGACCAGAACAUCAACAGAUACCUCUAAAAGAACCAGGAGUCAGCCAUUGCCAACCAUAGCCGUCGUAGAAGCUAAGGGUAUACACUAUCUUGCACUGUGCGUAUUUCAUGCUUUAUGUUCCAGGCAAACCCUUGAAGAAAGAGUUUUGCUGCACGACUUUUAUCAAUAUGGUGCUAAAUCGUUUGUGGACUGAAUGCUGAAACGUGCCGGGGGAUAUAAUCGAAUACUUUCCAACGUUACGUAACAUUUACCCACGACAGAUCUAUUUUGUUUGAACAAACUACCGUUUCCUUUUGGAUUCCGGCAUUAUGCCUAGAACUUGGGCAAUGUAAAAAUUAGAAAAUAAGAAGGGGGGGGAGGGAGAUGAUCACUGCAACUGUCAUGUACUUGCUUUUAUGAUUUCCACAACCAAGCAUAACUUUAGAAGGAAAGCCUUACGUAACAGGGAGUAGUCAGUUCUCAAAUACAAGCAGUCCAACUUUUCAUGUUGCCUUCACUCUUACUGGAUUAUGCAUUUUAGUAACUCUCUUUUACUCAUAUGCGAUCAAUCAAACCGAGGGGGGGGGAAAUGCAAUCUUUCUAAAUAACAGAUGCACUGCUGGGACCAACGACUGAAUUAAAGAGUUUUUAAAACAUGGUGUAGAAUGUUUUUUUGGCAAUCCUCUAUUGUUGUGUGUGUUUUAUAUAUAUAUUUUUUGCAGGGG